UCGUGUUCCCCUGCUGCUCGUGCCCUUCAAUUUCAGAAACAAAGUUUCUGAAAUUGAAACUUUGUUUUAUUCCCCCUUAUUCAAGUUGGGCCAAAUCAAUUGGGCUUUGGAAAUUGGACUCGGAGUUCAGGAAGAACGAUCCAUCGAACAGGAAGUAUAAACUACGGUUGAGAUCGGCGAUGACUUCAAGCGGAAAUAUUCCUAUUGACGGCACUAGAAACGACAACGAUGUUAACGAUGGCAAUGGUAAUCACAAAUCUGCAUUAACGCUGGAAGGAAUGCAAGAAAGAAUUGAAGAAUUGCGCAAGGAUCCCAUUUCCGGUGACACCCCAGGAGAAACGAGUGAUAAUCGAAUGGACUUAAUGAGAUUGAUAAUGUCGGAACUUCUACAAGGAAAUCGUCAAAAUCCAAGGUCAGAGCAAGAAGAAUGCUCCAACAUGUUCAAGAAGUUCUCUUCUCAUAAUCCCCCUACAUAUGAUGGCAAGCCAGACCCUACCGAAUUUGAAGAAUGGAUUAGCGAUAUGGAAAAGCUAUUUGAUGCUACGCAAUGCCCCGAGAAGUGGAAGGUCAACUAUGCCGUCUUUUACUUGAAAGGACAAGCCAACCUAUGGUGGAAAAAUGUUAGAGGAAUCCAAAAUGAGCCUGGUUUUGGUUGGGAAAAACUGACGGAAGCUAUGCGGGAACAAUUUUAUCCCUAUUCUCUGCAAAUGUAAAUGGAAUCAGAAUUUAUCAAAUUGAGUCAAGGAAAGAAGAAUGUUCUGGAAUAUGCAGUGAAAUUCAAUGAGCUUGCUCGAUUUGCCCCUAACCUGGUGACUACUGAUAGGCAAAGGAUGAAUCGAUUUGAAGGAGGAUUAAACAUUGAGAUCCGUGAUCGUCUUUCGAGUUCUAGAAUUUCCACUUUCCAAGAGUUGUACGAUCGAGCAAUUAACGUCGAAAGAAUUAUCAAGCUUCGAGAAGAAACAUAUGGAAAACGAAAAGGGAGCUUCGAAGAAAAUCAACCGAACAAUAAGAAACAAAAUGUCAAUGUCAGCUAUCAAGGAGGGAAUAACGGAAACCAAAACUUCAACAAGAAUCGUGGAUGCGCCAAGUGUGGAAGAUGGAACCAUACUGAGAAAGAAUGUCGAAUUGGUACGCGAGAUUGCUUCAAAUGUGGUAGCAAAGAUCACAAAAUCAGAGAUUGUCCUCAAAUACA